AUGUCUGAAACCAAUCAGGCAAACAUUCGACAAGCCUUGGACCGCGCUCGUACUAGUGAGCUACCUGUGGACGAUCCAACCUCCAGAAUUCUAGAGGUCGCCAUCACCGAUCUAUGGGCUCGAAUUCAAGCGGAACCAGACACUAUUAUUUUGAGCCCAGAUGAAUUCGCCCUGUUCAAUUAUUUUCUUGAGCGUUUUCGGGCCACUCAACCCUCAAUCACCCAAGGGGUCGUGAAUCGCUAUUGGAACAGUUUUCAUGCCUCCAAUAAUGGUGCCAAGAAAUAA